GAAGUCUCGCACGAGAAGACAACCUGAGCUAGUGUUAUACACGCCCAUCGUACACUGCGACCGUGUUUAAUGGCAAACAAAUAAGAUAUUUUUGAAUUAGGCAAAAAUAGUAGUUUUUAUUUUUUUCAAAAGAAUAUUGAAGAUUUGGCUGGUCAAGUUUUACAAGGGGCUCCGAUGUAUUCUUUGACAGUGAAACCCUUAUUUGCACCUAUAUUUCCUGCUGCUUCGUCUUCUUCGUGUCGUUGGCCUCGACUGUGUUCUUCGAUUGGAUUCCGAGUAAAGACAGAGAGCAGAGGAAGAAGGUUCGGUUUGAGAAUUCAUGCUUACGAUUCUUCCAAGAGCGACACACCCAAUGCCAAUGGAGAUUCCAAGCCACCCAACGGCACUCUGCCGAAGAGCAGGAGAGAAAUUCUAUUGGAGUAUGUAAAAAAUGUGCAACCAGAAUUCAUGGAGUUGUUUGUGAAAAGAGCUCCCCAGCAGGUAGUUGAUGCAAUGCGCCAAACUGUGACAAAUAUGAUCGGAACACUACCCCCACAAUUUUUUGCAGUAACAGUCACCACUGUCGCUGAAAACCUCGCACAGCUCAUGUACAGUGUCAUGAUGACUGGAUAUAUGUUUAAGAAUGCACAAUAUCGGUUGGAACUGCAACAAUCUCUUGAGCAGGUUGCUCUUCCUGAUGUGCAAGAUAAUAAGGAUGCACCAGACUACGCCCCUGGUACACAGAAGAAUGUGUCUGGUGAAGUUAUUCGGUGGAACAAUGUUUCUGGUCCUGAGAGAAUUGAUGCGAAGAAGUAUAUUGAACUACUUGAAGCAGAGAUUGAGGAGCUGAAUGCUCAAGUUGGUAGGAAAUCUGCAAAUGGACAAAAUGAAUUGUUGGAAUAUCUCAAGUCUCUUGAGCCCCAAAAUUUAAAAGAUUUGACAAGUAGUGCUGGAGAAGAUGUUGUGCUUGCAAUGAAUACAUUCAUCAAGAGGCUUUUGGCUGUUUCAGAUCCCGGCCAAAUGAAGACAAGUGUUACUGAAACAAGCGCUCCAGAACUUGCAAAACUGCUUUAUUGGUUGAUGGUGGUAGGGUACAGCAUACGGAAUAUUGAAGUUCGCUUUGAUAUGGAACGGGUACUUGGCACUCCACCAAAGCUUGCAGAAUUACCUCCUGGAGAAAAUGUUUAAGCAUAUUUGGAUGGAGCUGUAGUUAGAAUUCCAUUGGAGCUACUGUCUAUAUGACAUGUUAUGCUUUUCAAUUUGCAGACAGCCGAUGGUUGUACCUCAAAGAUAACCAGUUAAUUAGAAGAGGUGGUAAAGUUUCUGCGCGCACACUAAAAGUUGAUGAAAUUUGUGGUUAUAUAAAGAAAAUUAAAGCUACAUCUGGCAAAUUUUUUAAGCCUAGGUAUCAAUGAUUAUUAUUGUACCGUCAGGAGAAACCAAAGUUUGUGUAUUGUCUCGAGGGCAGGACUUAAGUAAAGUGACUUUAAGGAUGGCGCUUAUUUAAUUGAAUUUUCAGUUUUUCACGUAUUAA